AUGGGUGUGAACAAUGCCACUCUUGGGCUGGUUUGCUGCGUUAUCGUGGCCGUCGUCGCCUUGGCGACGCGCAAAGGACCAGACUCAAGGGAACCACCAUAUGUCAAAGAACGAGUACCAUACUUCAGUCACAUCUACGGACUCUUGAAGCAUGGCCUUCGGUAUUUCGAUGUUGUCAGCGCCCAGCAACCACAUCCAAUCUUUACGAUUGACAUGUCAGGUCAAAAGAACUACAUUGUGACAUCCCCAGAACUCGUGCAGGCUGUUCAACGCAACACAACAUCUCUGUCCUUCAGUCCAGCCAUGAUCCCUGCUUUCCGUCGAAUGAUGGGUUUUGACGAAGCAGGUAUUGAGCUGAUCUUCCGUGAUGCACACACAGAGAAGGGCAUGUAUGGUGAGAUUCACCGGGUGCAAAAGGCUUCACUGCUACCUGGUACGGAAUCUCUGGACGAGCUGUGCACUAUCAUUCGUGGCAAGCUGUUGACCAUUGUCAAUGACAUGCCUUCAAGUCAGACCAUCGAUCUGUACGCCUGGGUUCAAGACCUGUACAUGAGAACCAACAAUUCUGCCUGUUUUGGCGCCAAGGAUCCUUUUACUCUGAACCCGUCCCUGAUUUCCACAUUCUGGCUAUGGGAAGCAAACAUCAAAGUUCUUCUUUUGGGUAUUCCCUGGUUCUUGAGUCCCUCAAAGUAUUCGACUGCACAGAGAACACGCAAUGACCUAGUCAAUGCAUUCACCCAGUACCUCGGCAAUGAUGGACUAGAGACUGCAUGCUCUUUCAUCAAAGAGCUAUCUAAUCUUGGCAUCCGUCGCGGUCUGAGUACUGAGAACAAUGCUCGUGCUCUGGUCGGCAGUAUCUUGGCCAUUGUCGGAAACACAAUUCCCACUACCUUUUGGCUCCUUAUCCAGAUCUUCUCCAGACCUGACCUCCUAAAGGAGAUCCGAUCAGAGCUCGAGGCCACUCUCGAGGAUCCCUCAUCACGAUCCGAAAUCAGCCUCAACUACACAGUCAUCCGAGAGAAGUGCCCUGUCCUCAUGUCAACAUAUGAAGAAAUUCUUCGCAUGACAAGUGGUAUCGCGACAGUGCGUUACACCAAUGAGGAUACCCUCAUCCAAGACCGUUGGCUCCUCAAGAAGGGCGCACAAGUGCAGAUGCCCACAGCCUUUAUUCACGCUGAUCCCACGACCUGGGGCGCAGACGCCGAGGUCUUUGACCACACAAGAUUUCUCAAGUCAAAAGUCCUCACCAAGGAGCAAAAGGCUCGACGGGCUGCUGCUUUCAGGCCUUUUGGCGGUGGCAACACGCUCUGCCCUGGUCGUCACUUUGCAUCGUAUGAGGUUCUUACCUUUGCAGGAAGUAUUCUGUUGGGUUUCGAUAUGACCCCUACCACUGAGGCAUUCAAUCUGCCUGAGAUGGAUAGAUCUAAGCUUCCUUUGACUUCGCUUAAACCGGCGGGUGACAUAAAGGUUAACCUCACAAGACGCAGUGGUUGGGAGAAGGUCCAAUUCAAGUAG